UCAAUUAUCUUGAUCGACGGAGAUUCUCCGCUCGUGAGGAGUCCCUCCAUCCCUCUCUCGCACCCUCUUUCUUUUCGAAGCCCGACCUCUUCGUCGGCGCCGCCCCCCGACCAUCAUGUACUCAAACUCGAACGCCUUUCUAGGCGGCAACAGCCACCGGCCCGGCGCGCAGCAAUAUGGCGGGAGCUCUUUCGGCCAGCAGCCGGGACAGCAGCAGCAGCAACAGCCGAGUCCUUUUGCUCCUCAGCCCACGGGCUUCGGUCAGGCGCCUUUGCAGCAGCAGUUCACCGGCUACCCGGGGAUGCAGCAGCAACAGCAACCUCAGCAGCAGCAAGCUCCGCAACAGCUCCAGCCCCAGUUCACCGGCUUCCCCGGCCAGGCCCAGCCUCAGCAGAGCUUCCAGACCGGCGCUCCCCCGAUGCCAUCGAUCCCCGCGCAGUACCAGUCGCAAUUCCAGCAGCAACAGCCUCAGCAGACCGGAUUUCCGGGCCAGCAGCAGCAACAGCAGCCACAGCCGACUGGCUUUGCUCAACAGCAGCAACCUCAACAGACUGGCUUCCCGCAGGCCCAGCAACCUCAGCAGACCGGCUUCGCUCAACAGCAACAGCCUCAGCAGACUGGCUUCCCGCAGGCCCAGCAACCUCAGCCUACUGGCUUCCAGAGCCAGCAGCAGACGGCUGCUCCGACCCCUAUCAAACCCCAAGCUACGGGCUUCAGCCAGAUGGCUGCUUCUUUCCGAACCGGAGGCACACCGAAGCCAGCUGGUCGACGCCCCAAGUCUGCCAACAAGAUUCCGAACAUCCGAUUGUCCUUCAUUACAGCCCCGGAUCAGUCCAAGUUCGAGACUCUCUUCAAAUCUGCGGUUGGUGAAGGCCAGGCAACAACAAUGUCUGGAGAUAAGGCGAGAGACCUGUUGAUGCGGUCACGUUUGGAUGGCGAUUCGCUCUCACACAUUUGGACUCUUGCCGACACGACACGCUCUGGAGAGCUUCAUUUCCCCGAAUUCGCUCUAGCAAUGUAUUUGUGCAACUUGAAGCUCACUGGAAAGUCCAUACCUUCAACAUUGCCCGAGAACAUCAAGAAUGAGGUAUCCAGCGUUGUCGACAUUAUCAACUUCAGCAUUGCCGAGGACGCCGGCCGAGACACACCCGGCAGCACUGCUACCGGCAGGUCAAGCACCGAACCCACGAUUCACCAGCCUCAGCCUCAAACGUCAAACUCCCAGCUGUUGCAAGCACAAAUGACUGGCUUCCCUGGGCAGCAAGCGCAGGGCUUUGGGCAAGCGCAAGGCCUGCAAUCUCAGCAGACCGGAUUCCCUGGCAUCAAUGCGCAACCCACCGGAAUGAACCCGCAACCUACUGGAUACAACGGGCCACGACCGCCAAUGCCGCCCAUGCCUACCGGAUAUGGCAACAGCCUCACGCCGGGCAGAGGUCCAAUGGCUGCGCCUCUGAACGCGCAACCUACCGGCCGCCCCGGCCAAUGGGGUCUUGUCAACGCACCUUCCACAGGUCUGCCUAACAUCGAUGCUCUUCAAGCGAGAAUGAUGCCUCAGCAAGGCCGUGAGCAGGGAAGCUUCACUACGCAGGGUCUGCAGGGCAAUGCUGUCAUUCCUUGGGCCAUUACCAAGGAGGAGAAGCAACGCUACGAUGCCCUCUUCAAGGCUUGGGAUGGACUUCACAAGGGCUUCAUUGGCGGAGACGUUGCCAUUGAAAUCUUUGGACAGAGUGGUCUCGAGAAGCCGGAUCUCGAGCGUGUCUGGACCCUUGCUGACAAUGGUAAUAAGGGUCGCCUGAACCUCGACGAAUUCGCAGUUGCCAUGCAUUUGAUUUACAGGAAGCUCAACGGCUAUCCUUUGCCGAACCAGCUGCCGCCAGAGCUCGUUCCUCCCUCGACAAGAAACUUCAAUGAAUCUAUCGGCACCAUCCGGUCCAUGUUGAGCCAGGAAUCAGAGUUCCGUUCCAAGUCUGGUGCCGCUCUGCUUCCUCAAAAGACCGGUGUUAGUUACAUGAAGACUCACUCGUUGAGAGGCACCCCUGGCGGCCAGAGCGGUGGGCGUAAGGAUGCCACAGUCUUCAAGAACAACGAUGAGCAGGUCGGAUAUAGGUCUAGCGCUCGUCGCCGCGUCGGCAACAACUCGCCCCGCCCCGAGUCGCCAUCCUCUACCGCAUACGAUGACCUUGGACUUGAUCAGUUGAGGAAGAAGAUCCGGGAGAAGGAAGUCCUCCUCGACGCCAUGGAUUUUGCUGACGAGAAGAAUUUGGAGGAGGACGAUUUGCUUGACAGACGUGACCGUCGGGAGGCCGAGGAGCUGUACCGCCGUAUUCGUCGCAUCCAGGACGACAUUGACGCAAACCCGGAUGCUGCGCUCUCGACGGGAGAUUCGGAAGCCGAGAGACGAUCCUUGAAGCGACAGCUCCAGACCCUUACAGACAAGGUCCCCGAAUUGGCCUCUGCCGUUCGCAAGACCGAAAAGGCUAUCGCAGAUGCGAGACUCGAACUGUUCAGGCUCAAGGACGCAAAGGCUCACCCCAACAGUGCCGCUGCCAUUGUCGGCACGGGUCCUGGCGGUGCCGUAACAGAGUCUGACAGACUGAAGGCCCGGGCCAAGGCGAUGAUGCAGCAGCGUACUGCAGCCUUGACGGGCAAGAAGGUCGAGUCGAGCUUUGAUGACGAAGGUCCCAAGCGUCUUGAGGAGGAGAACCAUAAGAUCAAAACCGAGAAGGAGAACAACGAGAGCAUGGUCAGAGACGUGGAAGACUCUGUGCGUGACUUUGCUCGCGGCAUUGAAGACAGCUUGAAAGAAGGUACCACCACGGCCUCCAACGAACACGAGAAGCGACGCUGGGAGGACGCUCUGGGCGUCGAGGACGAAGUCAGAGAUUUUAUCUUUGAUCUUCAGCGAUCUAGCCGUGCUGCGCGUGUUCGGGCCCAGGACCGACGUCCUACUUCCUCCUCUUCGCCUUCGGCCGCGCGUGCAUCCUCUAGGGAACCUGCUGCGGCCAGUCCCGCCGUCCGGCAUGAGAGCCCUGCCCCUCCCUCGCGUACCACUACUCCUGGAGGCUCGUACUCUUCUUACAAGACCCCCGAGGAGCGUGCUGCUUUUAUCAAACAGCAGGCUGAGCAGCGUAUGGCUGAGAGACUUGCUGCCCUGGGCAUUAAGGCUCCUACUAAGCCUGGUGAGACGGCUGCCCAGAGAAUGGAGCGAGAGAGAGCCGAACGUGCUGCUAAGCUGCGCCAGGCCGAGGAGGAGGAUGAGCGCCGCGAAGCUGAACGUCAGGCCCGGCUCGCCGAAGAAACCGGCGCUCCGGCACCCGCUGCCAAGAAGCCUCCCCCGCCGCCGUCGAGGAAGGCCGCCAAGAGUGACGCUGCCGAGAGAGAUGCCUCUCGGAAGGCAGAGGAAGAGCAAGCGGCCAAGCAGGCCGAAGAAGAGCGUCUCGCUAAGGAACACGAGGAGCAACAGCGGGCCACCAGAGAGUUGGAGGCGAGCGCCAGAGAGCAGCAAGACGAUCUCGAAACCGAGCGACAAUCUGCUGCAGCUCGUCUCAAGGCACUCGAGGAGCAAGUCAAGCAGGGCAAGCUCAAGAAGGAGGAGGAGAAGCGCAAGAAGAAGGCCGCCCUCGCCGAGCAAAAGGAGAAGGAGGCCAAGUUGGCAGCACAGAGAGCCGAGAUUGAAGCUGCCCGUCAGCGCGAGUUGGAACUCCAACGCCAGCUUGAGGCUAUGAACGACGAUGAUGAUAGCUCAUCGGAUGACGAGGAUGGCCCUUCUCAAAUUACGCCUCAGGCAUCUACCCCUACUCAAGGCGGCAGCCAGAUCAGCAGUCAAGAGCUCGAGAAGCAGCCUUCCCCGCCUCCCGCCAUCCCAACAGUGGUCACCAGCCCUCCCACCGAGAACGAGAGCCGCAACCCGUACCACCGCAUGCUCUCUCACUCAUCCGAGUCCACCUCGGCCCCGAGUGAGCCCUCUGCACCUGCCGCUGCCCCUCCCCCACCCCCGGCGGCUGCGCAGUCUACUAACCCCUUCCACCGCAUGGCGCAAGAAAGCAAGGCAGCUCCCGCGGCUGCCUCUCCCCCGCCUCCCUCUGGGCCAUUCUCCCGUAAGCGCCCUGAUGAGGACGAUGACUGGGGCACGGAUAAGGAGGAUGACGAAGAUUCCGACGAUGAUGACCGUCCCGGCGGCAGUAGCGCUGCGGCCUUGGCUUCCAUCUUGUUCGGAACCAUGGGCCCCCCGCGACCACUUUCAGCUACCGGAGACAAGCCGACAUCGAACCCUGUCAGCCCGGCUAUGGGCAGCGACGCCUCACCUGCGUUCCCUCCUCCCCCGCCGCCCAUGCCAGCCAGCGGUGCUCCUCCUCCUCCGCCAGGCCCAGCGCCCGAGGCUCCUUCGGCUCCUCCCCCGCCACCGAUGCCGGCAUCGCCCGCACCGGGUGGCCCGCCGCCGCCGCCUCCUCCCCCUCCAGGCAUGGGAGCUCCACCGCCACCGCCUCCUCCACCACCAGCGGGUGACGCACCGUCAGGCCCCCCGGCAGGCGGGCGACCCGCGGGUCUUCUCGGGGAGAUUCAGCUUGGUAGGGCCCUAAAGAAGACCGAGACGCGCGAUAAGAGCGGCGCCGCUACUGCAGGCCGCGUUUUGGAUUAAAUGCUAGAUGCUAGUAUCUACAGUCCGUGCUGGUUGUGGUUGGCUGCGGAGGCAGGCGAAGAAUGUCACGGGGAAGGGCAUUGAAUGAGACAGUGAGAGAGAAAGCUCUGCCCAGGUAGCUCACAUAGCUCUCAGGAUUGGUUGGAAGUAGGAUUCAGUUCACAUGUGGCAAGACCUUUUUUCUUUAGCUAAGAGAGGGAGGGAGGGGUUUGGAGGCUUGUAGUAGGUAUUGUUCCCACUAUCAGACAGAUGUUAUAACCCAGCCAGGUAGUAAUGCAA